GCCAACCCCUCUUCGGGGUCCCUUUUGUUGAACCAUCAAACAUAAGCACCUUUGGAGAUCCCGAGGGCUUCACAUGAGACACAGUCGUCAUCCUGCGCACUGGGCGAUCACUCCGUAGCCGCGCAGCCAUGUCGAGGUCUUUCUACGUCGAUUCUUUGAUAAUCAAGGAUACGGUGCGACCCGGGGCGGCCGAGCAUCCUGCCCAGGACUUCCUCCUUCCCAUCAGCGUGCACUCUCCGAGCGUAAUGACUGUCACCGCUCCGGUGUGUCCCUCCAGGAAGAACGGCACUUUCUGUGUUUGCCCGCUGUGCGUCACGUCCCACAUCCAUUCUUCUCGCGGCGGUAUUCCCAUGCUGAAGAGCCAGUUUCCAGGUGUGGAGGCGCAGUACUGUCAAAGGAUAUCGCAGCAGCAACCUUCUGCGCUGGCGCAUCCUGGACACACACCUGUUUGCACGCCCACCUUCGGCGUCACGGAUCCCAGGAGAUACCACUGUCUUUCUAUUGGCAGUUCCUCGGAGAACAGCCACAUGCAGAACGGCAAAAGGAUGCGCACGGCUUUCACGAGUACGCAACUCCUGGAACUCGAAAGGGAGUUUUCCACAAACAUGUACCUGUCCAGACUCAGACGAAUUGAGAUCGCCACAUAUCUGAACCUGUCGGAGAAGCAGGUGAAAAUCUGGUUUCAGAACCGCAGAGUAAAGCACAAGAAGGAGGGCAAAGUCACGCAGAGGAGCGCGCACGGCGGCUGUAAGUGCGCCGGCGCUCACACGAACUAUUCCAGGUCGGAGGAUGAAGAGUCUUUAUCUCCGGCCUCUGCAUCGGAAGAGAAAGAGGUGUCACCUAUUUAAGAGAAACUCUGCUCCCCCCGAAUCCCGUUGCUGCACUUACUCUGCCCCGCAUGCUGCAGUUGGCAUCACGCAACCUCUGAGCACAUGCAAAAAGAAAAGAAAAAAAAGGCUUAUUUCCUGCAUGAAGUAUGUCAAUUUCAAACGAGUAAUGUGAAUAUAUAUGUCAGUGAAAUAUUCUAAACGCAACCACCUGACCUCUUUUUGGGAGUUUGCAUGUUCUGAUCCCGUUAAUUAUGUUCAAUAAAUGUCGUAAAAUAUUCACAGGAUCUGUCAGCGCAGCUAUUGGAUCAGAAAACAUAAAAGCCCUUAGAAAUAGCCCAGGUCUGAAAUGUAAACCUGUGGCCUGUAGACAUUUGUAAACUAUGUGCAUACCUGUAUUUAUUGUAAUAAACAUUCCGACUUGACCUA